AUGUCGGCUCCAUGCAAUUUCAGCGACCAGAUCACUGGCGAGGUGGUUGUGCCGUCAUCGUGGCGUAAAGAGGCCAUAUGUAUUGAUGCAACAUGCCAGACUGGACCGCUCAGCCUGCGUGAAGAGGCGGUGCAAACGACCAUAAGUGCGCUGCAAGUAGUCAACAGGCUUGACAAGCAGGUAGGCCAUGAGAAGAAAACGAUUCAAGCUACUUUGGAUGGUCUUCAGUACGUGUACGCGGGGGUGGAGUUUGACGAGGAAAAACUUGCCAUGUUCUUGGAGGAAUCUAAAGUUGAUGUGCUGUCAAUGUUGUACCGCAACGCAAAGAGUGGAGCAUUCAGCAACUAUGAGCCCAACUGGUCAGCAAAGGGCACUGAAGUUGUGCCUGUGGCCACACUUUCCUCGGCAUAUGCCGUGGAGGG